AUGGCAGAAGCUCUGGGCAUUGCAGCCGGCAUUGUCCAGCUGGUCGACAUAAGUGGUCGUAUCAUCCUAGCAUCCUCCCAGCUUUAUCGGGAUCUCAAGAACGUGCCGGAUGAAAUCGAAACACUUAAGCGAACUACCCAACAGUUCAUCGGCUUACUACAACUCAUCACCUUAGACCUAAAUCUUUCCUCUUCUCCGCCUCCAGAGACAAUAGGAAAUGUCCACGUCACUACGAUUCUAGACGAUGCUAUCGCUGAAGCCACCGAGCUGGCAGACUUACUAGAGAGACUCUCUAGCGCUCAGAAAAAUGCCGUCAAACGGGCUUGGGUCACGAUAGUGAGCAUGAAGAAGCAGUCGGUCAUCAUGGAAAAAUCCCGAAGGAUAGAGUCUCUCAAGUGCUCUCUGCAGCUCUGGUAUCAACAACACACUGCCUCUAAACUAGGAGAUCAGAUGUAUAUCUCCUAUUUCCACAUUCGAGCUCCAUCUACCCGACAUGUUCCAUCACCAUUUCCACAACCCGGCACUGGUCAUUGUCGAGAGCUACGGCCUUUUGAAUUAAAUCAAUGGCAAAUACCGACGACCUUAGUUUGCACAUGCCGACCUGUGAGAAACGACAUAGUCUUCUCACUAUACGGCUUCCAAUUGUUCUUAUCUCAAUCUCGCGUCCCCUCGAACAAGUGUCCUCUUAAACAGGAACACACCACUUUGUCAUUCGGCGCGCGUACGAUGAAUCCCAGGCUCCAAUUCGUGCUCAACAUGAAGCUCGGGCGGGCUUCCUUCUCUAUGGGCACGAGAAUCUCACCUCACAACGUUGUUGAUAGAUCCAAAUCUCCCGCUUUCGUUGCCAUCGACGAAGCUCGUCUUGCUCUUUGGAAAAUCAGGAAUCCAAUUUCUCCGGGGACGAGAUUCCCUCAAGACCCGAAAUGCACCUUUAUUACUGACACCAUACCACAAACAUGGAUGACGUCACAGAAUUGGAUACUAAUGGAGCCCGAUGACGAUAUUUUUGAGGACUUCAUGUGGUUUGAAAAGAACGUAUAUUUUGAUAAUGCAGCACAAUCUAUCAUUCAACACUUGCUAGAUCGGCUCAUCCUCACCUUCGAGUGUGGGCAGGCCUCACCAGCAGACCAAGACUUCCAAGGAUUUACUCUUUUGCAUGAGGUUGUUCAAUUGUCAAUGUUUAUUCUUCCUGCCCAGGAGAGCUUGCAUCGCGUUCUCGAUCUCUUGGUUGAGCUUCUCAUCCGUGGCGGUGCAGACCCCAAUGCCACAGGAAGCAAGAUGGGUUACGAGUCUUUGUUCAAGGGCUCUCCGCUCGGCCUACUGGCUAAAUACCUCAGAACUUGUUACUUUUCAGCUCGCUGUAUUUCCCAAUUAAGGUUGGACCGAAUUCUCGUCAAAUAUGGCUGUGAUGUUUCUGAUCUCACGAGCCCGAUUCUUCAUCACCCAGGUUCUGCUGGACUUUUUCUUCAUCAACCAGCCCUUCUCCUAGAUGAAAACCACACUUCAGUCCAAGCGGCUGUCAUCAAUAGAUCAGAGGAAGAGCUUCGCAAGGUCCUCGAUCUUGGCGCUUCGAAUCUCGAGAGCUCAAAUCCUCCUAUUUUGACACUUGCUGUCGGAUGGCCGAGAGGGCUCCAGCUACUUAUUGACGCCGGGGUAGAUCUUACAGAGGCCGUUCAGGUUGCAAUAAUGCAACAAGACGAGUCGAGCCUUGAGCUGCUGCUCGACAACGGCUGCGCCUUGUUUAUCCGUCAAACGCAAGAUAGUGAUGGCUACAGCUUGCUGGGACACGCCCUAGAGACUGGUUCUCCACCUAAGAUUCUCUCCCUUCUGGUACGCGCGAUUGCCGUUAGGAGGCGAGAAUUAUAUCAGCUUGCCAUAGAGAGUUUGUCGAGUUCAUCACUGCACCGGCUGUUAGGCGGCUGGAAGGCGGAAAAUGGACAGGUUCCCGACUACUACGCAACCGCAAUCUUCAACUCUCUCGAGAAGAAUGCAAUCGAUGUUCCGGAUAGACUAUGGCCUGGUGAACUGGUCACCAUUUACGAUUAUGGAAGAAUGACACUUGGACUAGCAGAGAGCCUCUACACUGCUGGUUUUCACGACAUUGAUACCCCUGGAGAAUCCGGAGCCACGCCGUUGCAGAGGGCAUUUCCUGUCUUUGCUCCCCUCGAUGCUGAGCAUUGUCGUCUGAUCCAGUGGUACCUCAAUAAAGGGGCCAAUCCACGACGGCCUUUCCGGGAUUUUCCAAACUCGCUUCAUCUCUUUUCUUAUCUUCAUGGGAAUGUUCUCACAUCACGCAUAUGGGACUCAACAUCCCCCGUGUUCGAUAUCUUCAAGCAAGUUCAGAAAAUGUGUGGCCUUGCGCUCACAGAUAGCUGCAAUUGUUGGUGUAGCUCUAACGGUUGUUCUCCUACGGGAUUGACCCUGCGGAGUGGACUAAAGCCAAACGGAGCUCCUCAGAGAGGUGGGCUGAUUCGACGCCGACGCUGGCUCUGCCAUUUGCCACGUUACAGCCUCUCUGGACUCAAUCUUAAAAAGCAAAAUUUCACAGAUGUUUGCCGACUAGAGAUCUUCGACCGACUUGGUAUGGGACACACCUGCUGCAACCGUAGCAUUCGUGGAAGGCCAUUGCUUUUGGAAGAGCGCCUAGAGGUUCAGGAAGAGGACCGUGAGCUCAAAGUCAUCCUCGAUGCUUAUGUCGACCUCUAUCUCGAGCUUCUAGACAACCACGAGGACAAAUUCGAGACUUCCUGGGUUGCGUGGUGGGUGGCAAUUGAAGAGUUUCUGCCCUUUGAAUGGCCCGACAAAGCGAACGAUGCUUACCCGCAAUACCGAUACGUCGACGACGGAAUCGACGAUGAAGACAGGGCCUCCCCAGGCCAGACCAGUGACUACGGACCAGACACUGAGAAAAUUGCGAGGCGGACGAAAGGCCUCAUGUUGCAUCUAGACGGACAAGUAGACAGAUUUUUGAGUCAGUUUGUUCAAAAUGGGGAGGAAUUUGUGUGGCCUCGUCAACUGCCAAGUUAUGACGAGGAUUGAGACAAAGGGGUUGUGUAAGAUCUAUUUAAAAUACG